GGCCGGAAGUCGUCGUCGCGUGUGCGAAGGGGUGUGGCGGUUUCUGCGUUUUGGCCGGGGGUUCAGACGGGAUAAAGGUUUCCCCGAUGGCUCAGCUGGGAGCAAUUGUGGCCGUGGCUGUGAGUUUUUGUUGUGCAUCUAUCUUCUCAUCUGUGCACAAAAUUGAAGAGGGACAUAUUGGGGUAUAUUACAGGUAAGGUGAGAUAGGGGAAAACUCUCAGUUUCCUGGUUUCCAUCUCAUGCUCCCUUUCAUCACAUCGUAUAAAUCUGUGCAGGUAUACCUGGCUGCUGUGGUCUGACCCACACUCCAGACAGAUGAGGUGAAGAAUGUGCCUUGUGGGACUAGUGGUGGUGUGAUGAUCUACUUUGACAGAAUUGAAGUCGUGAACUUUCUGGUCCCAAAUGCAGUGUACGACAUAGUGAAGAACUACACUGCCGACUACGACAAGGCCCUUAUCUUCAACAAGAUCCAUCACGAGUGAACCAAUUCUGCAGUGUCCAUAACGCUUCAAGAGGUCUACAUUGAGCUGUUUGAUCAGAUUGAUGAGAACCUCAAAUUGGCUUUGCAGCAGGACCUGACCUCCAUGGCCCCGGGGGCUUCUGAUGCUGUUUUUAUCUUUCUCCAGGCCGUGCGGGUGACAAAACCCAACAUCCCAGAGUCGAUCCGCAGAAAUUAUGAGCUGAUGGAAAGCGAAAAGACAAAGCUACUCAUUGCAGCCCAGAAACAGAAGGUGGUGGAAAAAGAAGCUGAGACAGAGCGGAAGAAGGCUCUCAUUGAGGCAGAAAAAGUGGCUCAAGUAGCAGAAAUCACCUACGGACAGAAGGUGAUGGAGAAGGAAACCGAGAAGAAGAUUUCAGAAUUGAAGGAUGCGGCAUUUCUGGCCCGGGAGAAGGCCAAGGCUGACGCUGAAUGCUAUACUGCGAUGAAAUUAGCUGAAGCGAAUAAGCUGAAGCUGACCCCUGAGUACCUGCAGCUAAUGAAGUACAAGGCCAUCGCUUCCAACAGUAAAAUUUACUUCGGGAAAGACAUCCCUACCAUGUUUGUGGAUGCUGCAGGUGCUCUGGGCAAGGAGUUUGAGGGGCUUGCUGACAAACUGGGCUUUGGUUUAGAAGAUGAGCCAUUGGAGACAGACACUGAUGAAAACUGAAAACAUUUUCUGUAACCUCAAAUGACACUUGAAGAAAUCUUUAUUUUUUAACUAUGAGCCAGGAUGCCCCUCCUUCCCACAGUACCCUCUCUGAUGCUCUUCCAACUGUGGUGCAAAAAG